AUGAACGCAGCUCGAAUCCAUGACAAGCAGAAGCUGAAAUCGUUCUGGGAGCAGAGGAUUGUUCAGCACAGCGAGCAGAUGGACGAGGAGGAGGACCGCAUGAGGAGCAGCGCUUUGGAACGGCUGAGGGAGCAGUGGCUGGUCAGAUUGGAUCAGAGGAAUCAGCACCAGCAGAGUUUCUUCGAGGAGAGAAUCAGACGAGCUCAUAGAGCUCAGCAGAGCCUCAGGAACCUCGAUUCAGCCUGA